UCACUUCCGGAUAUAAUCCUAUAGUGCUAGAGAAAAAAAAAUCUCGUAGCCAUAAAUGUAAUCUUGCUAGCUACCCAAAAUCCGUCAGUUUACUUGAGUAAAACCAUCCAUGUCAAGACACAAAGGGGAUUGUCGAAGUGUUGUGCUGCUUGCGUGUACAAAUAGGAGCACACAAGCCUCUCGCACCACGUACCGUGCAUUGGUACGUCAGGGCUCAGUGACUAGAGCGGAAGACCUCGGCACCAUUGUGUGCCAGCAGUCCAUUCCAAGACCCAGGGACUCCUGAAUCCAGAAGAUGAAUGGUCUGUCCAUACGAGAGCUAUGCUGCCUGUUCUGCUGCCCUCCUUGCCCCAGCCGCAUCGCAGCCAAAUUAGCUUUCCUCCCUCCAGAGCCCACAUACGCCCUUCUCCCUGACCCAGAUCCUAGUGCUGGAGCUGGAACUGCAUCUGGGUCCAGCUCUGGGGCUGCCCUCCCUUCUCUGGGAGCUCCAGGCCUACGUUCACGGCUGGGUGCUGGUAGUGGUGCUGACAGAGGUGGCGGCGGAGGUGGCGGAGGUGGAGGCACCAGUGGUGGAGGAGGUGGAAGUGCUGGGGCUGGAUGUGAGAGCAGGUGGAAGCUGCAUCUCACAGAAAGAGCAGAGUUUCAGUAUUCUCAGAGAGAGCUGGAUGUGACUGAUGUGUUCCUGACCAGAUCCAGCAGAGGGAACAGGGUUGGAUGCAUGUAUAUACGCUGUGCCCCUAAUGCCAGGUUCACGGUGUUGUUUUCACAUGGCAACGCAGUCGACCUUGGUCAGAUGAGCAGCUUUUACAUCGGCUUGGGAACACGCAUCAACUGCAACAUAUUCUCUUACGAUUACUCAGGCUAUGGGGUUAGCACUGGCAAGCCAUCAGAGAAAAACCUUUAUGCUGACAUUGAUGCCGCCUGGCAUGCCUUGCGCUCUAGGUAUGGCAUCAGCCCUGAGAACAUCAUCCUGUAUGGACAGAGCAUUGGCACGGUGCCCACAGUGGACUUGGCGUCACGCUUUGAGUGUGCUGCUGUGGUUCUACACUCUCCUCUCACCUCUGGCAUGAGAGUGGCCUUCCCCGACACCAAGAAGACCUAUUGCUUUGAUGCCUUCCCCAACAUAGAGAAGGUGUCAAAGAUCCCGUCUCCCGUGCUGAUCAUCCAUGGUACAGAGGACGAGGUCAUCGACUUCUCCCAUGGUCUUGCCCUGUUUGAGCGCUGUCCAAAGGCAGUGGAGCCCCUCUGGGUGGAGGGCGCUGGUCACAACGACAUUGAGCUUUACAGUCAGUACCUUGAGAGGCUACGGCGCUUUAUCAACCAGGACCUGGCUGCACAGCACGCCUGAGAAUCGAACAACAGCCUCUCUGCGUGCGUGCGUGCGUGUGCGUGUGUGUGUGCGUGUGCGUGUGAGAGAGAGAGAGAGAGAGAAAGCAAGAAGUCAGUGUGUUUGCGACAUGUGGCUGAGACAUACAACUCAGAGGGAUUUGUCGUAUUUGGCACAUCUGUGUGUCUUUUAAACAACACAUGCUUAAUGUUACUUUUUAAAAAUGACUGCAUUAAAAUAACUGUCUUUAAAAUUUGAGUGUGUUUUACAGUCAUUAGGUGUAUUUAUCUGUAGUAUAGUGUGUUUUUAAUGUGGGGGAAGUUCAGUUGAAAUUUGCACCUAAAAGCGACUACAUUGAAAGUUCACUUGUUUAUAAAAGUAACACUAUAUGUUUUGUCCAAAAAGACACACAGAUGUCAUUUUUGAAUGAAUGAAUGGUUGUGGUCCUGGAUGUAAAAGUCUUAAUAUCAUGGACCUGUCUCUCUGCGAGUAAGGGAGUGAGGCAGCUUUCUGGAAAAAAAUGAAGGACACCCUGUUGACUGAAAACAGUGAGGGAAAGCUUCUAGUGACUUCUGAUUAUUGAUGUUUUAUUUGUCUUAUUUGUGUGUGUAUGAAGAAUACCUCCACAGUUUGACCAGUUCUUUAUAGUGGACAACCACUGGUCAGACCACUUGGUUUACCUGUCAGUGGACAUGCAACUGACUGAUUGUCAGCUAGUAACUCUCACCCCUUGUAGUUCUAGGCGGGGAGGGCCGUGGCAGCAUCCUCAGUCUGGAGCACCACUCCACCCCCUGACAAGAUAAGCCGAUCUCCUUCCUGUUUCUUGGCAGUGCCGUAGCGUUUGCCUUUUUACUGUUCAGACUUUGCAGCUGCUCCUUGCAGGGAUUGGGUUGCUGUGCUGCUUUCAGCCCAUGAGCAGGUUUGUUGAGGAGUGCUUGUGAGGUUUUCAACAUGUAAACGGUAGUUUGGUAAAACGGGACAUGUCAACAUUGCAGUGUGCAUAUGUAGUAGAGCUUGGCCCUGUUGGAGCCUGUGAAGGUGAAGCUUGUAUCAUUUAGCACAGUGCAAAGCAGAGUAACACUUUGUUUUCCUACCUGAACAUUCAUCACAGCCCUCCUGUUCACAUUUAUGUCCUGAUGGAAUGAAUCAGAACAGUUCUGUUGAUGUGACGGGUCCAUAGAUGGUUUUCUGUGUGAACCACUGGUGUCUGGGAUGAACAGAUGGACUUUUUGUGUGUGUGUGUGUGUGUGUGUUUUUUUUUUUUUUUUUUUGUUUUAUAGAUGCUCUACCUGUGUAGACAAAGAAAUAUUGGGGCCACACUGAAUAGAAAAAAAAAAAACAUUACUAGAAAAAGUAGUCAAGUACAAGUAGAACGGGUUUUUAAAGUGUGGCAUGUAACACGGACAAUUUAUUUGGCCUUGAAACAUCACAAGGAUCCCUGAAGAAGCUGGUGCCUCACACUUGGAAAACCCGUCAAGUAGAAAUUGCAAGGGAAUGUCAAAAUUCACACACAAACCUGAGUGCAACACUCAGAUUUGGUAUGAUCAUGACAAAUAAUUUGUCAGAUUAAUUGUCUUCUAGUAAUACUGCAACUCUUUUUCUCCCCAUUUUACUAUUUUAUUAUCUUUUUUUUUGUCUUUUUAGUGUGGCAUCUAAUUCUAGCCCCCGGGUGGCUGGCAGCUCACUGCCUGACCCAAGCCAUGACCUUCUCACUUUGGUGUGGUGCAGGUUCCACCACACACGCACACACACACCUUUGCACAUAAACACACACUCAUACACGUACUGUAUUAUACAGUAAACCUAGACUUUUAUGUGUGUAUUAGAUCGAGCAUGAGAAAAAGCAGGUCUUAAGUUCCGCACUAUUGUACAAAGAAUCCAAAGUGUAACAAGGGUAUAAGAUGUAAAGUUUGUGUGUUGUCAUUAUUGUCGUACGUCUUCAGUAGGCCAGGCGGGUGUGGAGGUGACUGGCUUCCUGUUAGAAAGAACCCGUCGGACCAGUUUGUGCACCUGAGGUUGUUUUGGCGGCAGACAUCACGUGAGCCCGUCGUUUUUCCGAGACGAGCACUCGGUGUGGUGAAAGGCGCAAGUGCUGUUCUGAUGACUCACGCUUUCAAAACAGGGAAUCUCAUCGUACUUUGUGUCUGUGAUGUUGAACUCAUGGAGGUCUGUUACCACCUUCAAACCAGGGAUCCGCCACAUUUGUUCUAAAAAAACGUUUGUCAACCUUUUUCCUCAACAUUAGAAGUCCGAGCCCUCAUUUUUUUUUCCUGGACAAGUUUUCAGGGAUGCACCUCGCAUGGGUUUGGGGUGUCAGCUUAAUCCUUUUAUUGAUGCGCCACUAUGGUUGAUGUUUAUUGUUUCCCUGGACUUUUAUUGAAGGGAGCGGGGGGGUUGAACAGUGAAAACUGUAUGCAUGUCUAUUGUGUUUUGCAGAGCAAGUGAUGGGGUGGGAUGCUCUCUCUACUAUGUAUUCUAUAUGAGGGCAAAACUCAACCAGUGGCAUUGGCUCUUUGAAGCGCUUUAAAAAGAAAAAACAUGGACAUUUGAAUUUUUUUUUAUUGCUGAUACUAACUGAUGUAUAAUGAGUUUUGUGAUGGGGGUCAAGCGGGUAGGUGGGUGGGUGGGCUACUUGAACCAUACUAGUGGACUGUUUAUAUGGUAACUGUACUUACCUAUUUUAUUCUUUGUAUUAUGAUUUGUAAUUUUAUGUUGGUUUUUGAACUGAGACUAUGAUGUAAUGGAAUUAAUACAUGGGACUGAAUCUUGACCUUUUUAUGGAUAACAAAAGUAAUAAAAGAUCACUUAUGUACAAAAAGCGAAAUGGUCAA